AUGCCCAACGCGACUGUCGACGACCAGGACAUCCGCUGCGAGUUUGGCGGCAACUGGAACUUCUUCCGAGGCGAAAGUGGGCCGAGGAACGCGAGUGGGUGGCAGGGGCAGACGUAUGCGAGUUGUGGUGGACCUGGGUACUGGGAGCAGGGGAAGGACUGCGAGUUGCGGGUGCCGUUCGUCGGAACCUACGCCGCCCUGUACGGCGAUUCGAACGGCAACCACGGCCCCUUCUCGUGCCGACUCGAGCGAGACGGCCAACCAGUCGGUGUCUGGGCCUGGUACGACGGCGGUUCUCGCUGGUGGUGGCCGUACCAGCACGAUACAAAGCUGUGCGAGGUGUCGGGCUUGCCAAACGCGAGUUACGACCUCGUCCUUCACGUCGAGGUUGACCAGGUCAAGAAGGGGAUCGCUUUCGACUACAUGCGAAGCAGCGACACCGUCCCUCCCGGCAACACGACGCAAUGGCGAUCCGACUUCAAUAACGUUGUUCCACCUAACAAUCUGCGUGACACGACAGCCACCCCGAUGCUACCCAGCGCAACAGCCUCUCUCGCCCCCGCUCCUUCCGCCACAUCACCCUCCUCGGGCAGAAGCGUCAACAAGCUGGCGGUCGGGCUCGGCGCCGGCCUCGGCGGCUUCUUCCUCAUCCUCGCCAUCGUCGCCAUCAUUCUCUUCUUCCGCCUCCGCGGCAAGCCUUUCCGCCGACGACACGAUCCGAUCGCUAGUUACGACGCCGGCUCGACUUGGUCACCCGACGUGUACAACAGUCCGGACGGCACGUACCGCAACAGUCCGCUGGAGCCGCCCGGAACGUGGAAGGAGGGGAAGCAGGAGCUGGACUUUGCUAUGAUGUCGCCGAGUGAAGCGGGUUCGCCUACCUUCGAUUACCCGACUCAUGGAGGCUUACAGAUGGCAUUCGACUCGCCGCCGCGCCCGAUCUCAUACCCAGCCUCUUCCACCUACGCCACCUCCUACCCUCCUUCCUGCGCGCCUCUCCUCGCGCCCGCGCCACUACUGACCUCCUCCCCCUCCGAGACUCGCCGCGCAUCCGCCAUCUCCUCCGUCACCGCUUACCCAGACCCGCAGCGCAUUUCCUCCUUACUCGACUUGCCGCCGCAUGCCGAACUUGACGAUCCAGACACUUUCAAGAGUCGGUAA